AUGUCUAAUUUACGUGUAAACGUCGCAAUCGCGGAACGAGAUGCUGUAAAACUUAUACUCGAUUUUCUUCAAAAUCGAGAGUUAUAUAUUAGCAUGUUAGAUAUCGAACGCGAAACAGGCAUAAUUAAUGGUUCAUUUUCUGAAGAUAUAUUAUUCCUACGUCAAUUAAUUUUGGACGGCCAAUGGGAUGAUGUUGUAGACUUUGUUCAACCUCUGAAAACCAUCGACUCGUUCGACGCUAAACAAUUUAUUUAUAUUGUCUUAAAAUAUCAGUUUUUAGAGUUACUAUGUCUGAAAACUGAAGCACAAAUUGAAAAUGACUUAUCUGUAGAACAGAUAGUUAAAUUUUUGAAUGAUUUACAUCCAUUUUGUCCAUCUGAACAAGAAUAUAAGAAAUUAUCAUUUUUAUUAACUUUAAAACGUUUACAAGAUCAUCCGGAUUAUCGUAAUUGGAAUCCAAGUGGUGGAAGAGUACAAUGUUUUCAAGAAGUAUUUCCACUUGUUCAGCGAUUUUUACAAGUCGAUAAACAAACAACACCCGUUGCUCAAGGUGAUCGUCUAGUUCAAUUAUUAGUGAAAGGUUUAUUAUAUGAAUCAUGUGUUGAACAUUGUCAAGCUCGAGCAACAGCUACCGAUGAAACAAUUGAUUUAACAGAUCCUAAUACUUUGUUAUUAUUAACCCGUUUAUCUGAUACCGAUGUUAGUUUAUUGUCAUGGUUACAUGCAUUGCCCACGGAAACAUUUUCGUGUCCAUUUGAACAAAAAUCUCUCUCAUUACAUAUCGAAAAAUUUCAGAAACCCAUACUUGAGGCAGCAUGGGCUGAACAUGUAUUAAGUACACCAUUUAAACCGACAACAAUGUUUCCAUUUAAUGCUACACCAACGGGUAAACCACGUUCAACUGAAUUAAUGUCAAGAUCAUUGGCACCACAAUAUGAUGGACUUUCGUAUGGUCUUAUACGUUCACAAAUAUUUGGAGACUAUAAUAGAAAUUUUGUAAAUGAUAUGUCACGAUCAUUAGCUAUAGUUAAUUUGAAAGAUAAUAAUAAUUUAACAUAUAGUACAAUUGGAGGAUCGUCAUUACCAACAGUUGAGGAAGCAGUCUACGAAGAAUCAAUUUCAAAUAAUAAUCAAACAGGUCUUCAAUCAACACCUCCACGUACAAUAUCUCCAGCGGCCAAUGUUAUCUCACCAUCCGUGACACAGCGUUCACAAUCACCAAAACGCUCAACCACUGGACCGGAUUUUGCUUCACAUUCAAAUAAUAACAAUAUUGAACAACAACAACAGCAAUAUCAGCGUUCUCAACAGCGCAUCACAUCUCCGACAUCUCAUUCACCUGUUUUAACAUCUUCCACAAGUGCUGAUCAUUAUUCACAAAAUAAUCAGCCUUACCGACAACAACGAUCGCCAUAUACACAUACAAAUGGAACAAAUCGAGCUUCCACACCAAAUGAAAAUAAUAAACCAGUAGUACAAAAGACUUCCACUACAACAACGAAUACACAUACAAUAUCAAAGUAA